AUAAGAUGGCGUACUAUCAAAUUUAAAUUUUCGUCGAAAAUGGCUUUUUGAGUACUCACUUCUAUUUAAGUUCCAUAACAUGAAGUGAAUUUUAAUAAGUUUAUAACUUUAUAAUUUUUUGUUUAAAAUUCGUUCCUAGAUUUGUAAUUUGUUAGAAAAUGUCUCACCAACUAGAAUUACUGACCGAGAAUCCUUUACAAUGGACGACGGUAUCAUUAAUUACGCCUGAAAUACAGAAAAAGGAAAUCAAACCUUUUGUUUUGUUGGCUCUAAAGGAGUUGGAGGGGAAUCCAGAUAGUAGAAUGAGGUCUCUUAUGAAUGCUGAUAAAUUUUCCGCAGUAAGAUCAGUGGUACGGCAUGUAUCCAGACUAAGAUCGGCUCACAGAGAGCCUUGGGUUGAAGAAGAUGUACAGCUAUUUUUAGAAAGCCUAAAAUUCAGCACAGAGUGUGUCAGUGAAUUAACAACUUUAUUAUGUACAGAUAAAAUAUAUACAAAUUUACAAAGACAUUUGAGGAUCAAACCAGGUAUUGAAAGUUUGCAGUGGAAGAUUGAUGUAUCAAUGAGCCAAAACAACAUUCGAAAUGAAAAUCCAACUCUUGAAAGAAGAAAAGAGAUCCUCUAUAGAGAUACCUUAGUUAUACUAACAUUAUGUCUAACAGAUGGUAAGAAAUAUAUUUACCGAUUAACAUUGAGUAAGUUUCAUGAACUGAGAUAUUUGAUAGCAAGUGCAUUGAAGAGUAUGAUUGUUUUAGAGAAACGUAAAUGUAUGAGGAGAGACUGAUUGCAUUCGACAAUUAAAGUAUGAAAAUGUUUAUGAAACUUGAUUUUACGUUAGUUAAAGACUUGUCUGAACUUUAAAUCUGCUUAAAGUGGAUUAGAUUGCUGUUAAACAACAAUUUGUAAAUGAAUAGUAGUAAUAAUACAUGUAUAGCCAACUGGCUUAAUUAGCUGUUCAAUCACUAGCCUAGCCUCUUUACUAGCGGCCUGAAAAAUAUUCAGCUGUAGAUUGAGUAAGUUUAAAUAACUAAGCAGGGGUGGGUAGAUUUCUUGUGAUAUUUAAUAUCUUAAAUUUGUUAUAACUUAUCUGAAAUAUGAGGGAUCUAGGUGAGUCAUAAAACAUAGGAUACAAAAUUGUGUGAUAUUUUUUUUGAUCUGACCUUCAUGAACGUCAUGAACUCCUGACUAGCGAAUUUUGGAUUAGCCACUUUAUGGCUACCACAACUUGCAACAUUUGUAUUUGUGCAUCACUAAAAUUAAACACUAAAACUAUGUUCAUGUAUGUACAGUCUAUGUUCAUAGAUUUCAUUUACAAGGCUGUUUAUAGAAAGUAUUUAACAUUCCAAGGUUCUUUAAAAUAUAAUAAAAAUUAUCUAUUGUAAAUUUGUAGCUAGAGAAUUACAGACUUAUUAUAUUUAUAUCAUUUUUUUAAACAAAUUUGUUCAGUGUAACUAUAUGUUAAUUGUAUUAACAAAAUAAAAACAUUGAAAAGAACUUUCACAUAAAAACAUUUUCAUAUAAAUAUUCCCAGAUAAUUUUGUUGUUAGUUAUUCGGAAUAUACAAUCAUAUUGUUUUGUUUAAGUAUUAUUAUUAAUCUCAAUAUUUGUAUGGACAAAUUUAAAUGAAGAAUACAGUACAGUAAAAUAAUUAAAAUAAACAUUACAAUUAUGGUAAUAGAAUUACUUAUUUUUAUUU